GGCAACUUUAACGUGAGAAUGUCUUUUCAAAACCCGGCUUGUUCAACAGCUAGCUAAAAGUGUCUGUUCCGCACAGGAGUAGACUUUAGUCGGUCUCGAUCUCGUUCUGUCAUGUUUGUGUGUUGCUCUCUCGUCUUCACGCCUUAAAAUGCAACCGGCAGAAGACUCAGAGCUGGCUGGGAGGAUUCGCUGCACGGUAGCAGUUGAGCAUCUGGGUGCAGCGGCUGCCCCGAAUCGGUUGCUCCUGAGAGAUGCCUGGGUCACCCUUGGGCGGAAUGAGUUCCGCGAACUGGUAUUACAGGUGACGAACACCUCGGGUCCAGGCCGUCUCCAGAACUUCCCUUUGCGACAGAAUGAAAUGCGACUUUUCACACGUUUUGUGAAAGAUGGGAAGAGCUCGAUCCGGUUGGGUCCCUUAGGUUCCAAUUAUGUACAGCUGCUGCUCUCUAAUUGUCCUCCGGAUCGCUUGCGUCGCUUUGUUCAGACUCUGCGCAUCAAAUUUGAAGCCACGCAGCACAGAAUGAGGCCGGUGGCUGAGCGGACAAGGCUCCUCUCUAGCUUGCCACGCACAUUUGACACAGUAAGCCCGGUGCAAGUCCGCGAUUUGCAACAAACAAAUACAAGAGAAGCUCUGGCUAAGGUUACAGCCACCCCCACGAAAGGACAAACUUUACGCUGCAGGUCUCGGAAGCGUCCUAUGGAAUCAGUGGAUGGGAGGCAGAUGACUGAAGAACAACAGGUGAAGAAGCCUUGGUUGAUGAGCUCCAGAGCAACCCUUUCCCAGGAGCAGUCAAGAGUGCUGAGUGCUGUGUUGAGUGGAAAGAACGUCUUCUUCACAGGGAGUGCUGGAACUGGCAAAUCCUAUUUACUGAAAAAGAUUGUGGCCUCCUUUCCUCCAAAUGGCACUUACGUCACAGCCAGCACGGGAGUGGCAGCAUGUCAGAUUGGGGGCAUCACACUCCAUGCUUUUGCAGGUAUUGGGUCAGGAAAGGCCCCUCUGCAUCAGUGUCUUGAGCUGGCCCAGAGACCUAGGGUUCGGCAGCAAUGGCUGAAUUGCCGCUGUCUGAUCAUUGAUGAGAUCUCAAUGGUGGAAGGGGAAUUCUUUGAUAAACUGGAGGCAGUGGCUAGAGAUGUCAGGAAAUGUGAGGAUCCAUUUGGAGGAAUCCAUCUUAUCAUUUGUGGAGACUUCUUGCAAUUGCCUCCCGUUGCCAAGGACCACAGACAGCCCAAGUUCUGUUUCCAGGCAAAGAGCUGGAGAAAAUGCAUCCAUCUCAAUAUGGAGUUGACAGAGGUCCGGAGACAGACUGACAAGGAAUUCAUUUCUCUUCUGAAUGCUGUCCGUCUUGGCAGGGGUAUCAAACUGGUGGCCCUCAGGCUGGAUGUGUCAUGUGCAGGCCACGCCCACCCCGGGUCUGCAAAGGAAAAAACUGUCACGAUAUAUCACGAUACAACACGUGAUGCAAACGAGUUUGACACCCGUGCUCUACUGCAAUCUGACAGAUGGACAGAGGAAGUCAACAGACUGCUGACCCAAACAGUAAUGCAAAAAGUGGAGAGAGAUGGAAUAUUGGCUACACGGUUGUGUACUCACAAGGAUGAUGUAGAGUUCACAAAUACCAUGCAGCUGCGACAAUUAUCUGGACAGCUAAGGUCUUUCAAGGCUGUUGACAGUGAUCCUAUGUUGGCAAAGACUCUUGAUGCACAGUGUCCUGUGAAGAGCAUUAUUGAACUCAAGGAAGGUGCCCAGGUGAUGCUUACGAAGAAUCUUGAUGUUUCUCAAGGUCUGGUGAAUGGGGCUCGUGGAGUUGUGAUUGGAUUUGAAACUGAAGGAAAAGGUCUGCCUAAAGUGAGAUUUCUUUGUGGUGUGACUAAUGUUAUUGAAUUUGAGCGAUUGGUUUUUAAAGGGCCAGCAGGCACUUACCUUACUCGCCAACAGAUACCCCUGAAGCUGGCCUGGGCUAUUUCUAUCCACAAGAGCCAGGGUAUGACUUUAGACUGUGCUGAGGUUUCUUUAGCUCGCGUCUUUGAAAGUGGACAGGCAUAUGUAGCACUUUCUCGAGCUCGUAGUCUUGCGAGUAUUCGAGUUUUGGAUUUUGAAGCCAAGGUAGUCAGAGCUAAUCCAUGUGUACUGCGAUUUUACAAGGAGCUGAAGAGAGACCAAUUUUUAAAUCAGGCCUCUUUGCAUUCCUAUAUUCAUGUUGGUAAAGAAAAUGAAAAAGUUAAAGGGACAUAAAUGGAAUCCUUGAUAUCAUUUUAUUAAUUUACUUUUGGAACAACUGCUUCUACAAAUUCAUUAUUUCUAUGAAGUAUUGAAGCAUUGUGAAGAAGGGAAGAAUUAUAUGAGACAUCGUUUUCUAUAAACAUGGAUAGUCCAUAUAGUCCAAUGGAUAUUUAAGUUUUAACCCAAAUCAUUCUAUUUCUGGAGAUUGCACUGACAGAUCUUAAAAAUUAUUUGAAGCCAUCUUGAUGAAAGUCAAAUUUUGCUAGGAUAUUUACUUCAAAUAGUAUUUACACUGUGUGUAUAAUAUUUGACAUUAGUGAAUAAAAUUUAACUUAAAGGACUCAAUUACUUCCUUAAUAAACCAAUAAGAUUUUACCUAAUAAUCAUUACAAAUGCAUGAGUGAUAAUUCAAUAGCCUGGAUUUUUUGCUUCUCUUAAUGUACCAAUUUUGAGAAAGGUCUUACACUUUUUAGAUUGAAAAGAGACACUUUCAUUUUCUUUGUACUGUACAGUAUUUUAUACAGUAUGGCUUCUCGAGUUUAAAAGAAAGCCAACCAUAUAGAGUGAUCUGCAUCACAUCCUAGUGCCUACAAAGAGAUUCUCUAUGUAUAUUGCAUUGCAAUUUCAAGAAUAGAAAUUUGUUUCCUUAGUUAACGUAACUUGAAACAAAUUCAAUUUAAAAUCUGAAUAUCUUGAAGCAAAAUCAGUUUUGCUACUUAAAUAUUCCAUAUGAUAUUUGUUAAAAUGUACUCUGUUCUACAUGCAAAGCAAGCAAUUCUAGAUUUUCUGUUAACUGCCUAAGAAAACAAUGUAAUGCUAUAGUCUAGUGCAGGGGUAGGCAAUCUUGGCUCUUAUGACUCGUGGACUUCAACUCCCAGAAUUCCUGAGCCAGCAUGGCUGGCUCGGGAACUCUGGGAGUUGAAGUCAAUGAGCAUAAA